GUAGCAUGGCAUUCUGCCUUCUACUCCGACACCGAAGGGGCGCAGCUCAAUGAAGCCAUGCGUUUGCCAGGUGGCGACCCAGAGGAUGGAAUACCAGAAGGUCCGGAUGACAUUGCAGAUCCGCACGUGCCCCGCAAGCUCCUUGAUGAGCACAUUCUGCGAGAGAAGUCUGUGCGGAGUUUCAGCCCAUAUGGCCUCCGGGUCCUUGGCCGAAGGCUCUUUGUCUGCAACUUCGAUGAUGACGAUCAGCUUCAGGAAGAGGGCAAGUGCGGCGUGGUCGGAACGCGCUUUCAGAUCCCAGGGAUCAGCCUGCGCCUGGAGUCUGACAAGACCAUCCUCCCGGUCCAUCGCUACGACGACGUGAAGAUGGUUUGGACGGCGGAGCAGGCUCCCCAUGUGAUGGUCGAGAACUACAAACUGCCAAAGGGCAAAGACGGAAAGCUGGACUUUGAUAUGCUUCCCGUGAUGCCUUUCAAGAUGACGCGCUUCAGCCCUGGAGAGGCUCCGGAGCCCAUCGAGAGCUCGGCCGGGGCACUGGCAGGCACAGUCUCUUGUGAAGUGAAGCUCUGUUUCAAUUGCCAUCCCACAGCCUCUGGUGCGACUGGCACGGGCCCGGCGUGA